AACACGCACACUUGUACCUCCGCACUCUCAAUAUUCCACCGGAUUGGCCGCGCGUAAAUGGCGACGUUGACGCACGGCUGACUGGAAGGCAAAAACCCGGCUGCUGGUGGAUAUUCCACCUUUCUUACUGCGCAUGCCCAUUUUAAUCAAGUCUCACGUUUUCCCCACGUGCCGUCAAGUCACUUUGUUUCCUCAUUUUUUUAAUACCAAGAAUGGAAGAUGCGGAGACCCAGAGCUGCUUUUCCGCAACUUGCGCCGUCAACAACGCGUCGGGCAACGUGUCCACGCACAGCGUCCCGUUCCACGGCAGCAGCACCCUGUUGACGGCGGUGAUCUCCAUCGCCGUGUUCGCCGUGGGUCUGGCGGGAAACAGCCUGGCCAUCUACGUGUUGCUGUGCUGCGCCAAGAUGAAGACGGUGACCAACAUUUACAUCCUCAACCUGGCCGUGGCGGACGAGCUGUACAUCGUGGGACUGCCGUUUCUCACCACGCAGAACGUGCUCUCCUACUGGCCGUUCGGGUCCUUCCUGUGCCGGCUGGUCAUGACCGCCGACUCCAUGAACCAGUUCACCUCCAUUUUCUGCCUCACCGUCAUGUCCAUAGACCGCUACCUGGCCGUGGUGCACCCGAUCCGGAGCUCCAACUGGAGGCACCCACGGGUGGCAAAGGCGGUGAGCGCGGCGGUGUGGGCAGUUUCUUUCGUGGUGGUCCUGCCGGUGGUCAUCUUCUCUGAUGUGCAGGACACGUUUAACUCGUGCAACAUGAUCUGGCCGGAGCCGGCAGACGUGUGGUCAACAGCCUUCAUCCUCUACACCACCACCAUCGGCUUCUUUGGACCUCUGCUCAUCAUCUGCCUCUGCUACCUGUUGAUCGUCAUUAAGGUGAAGUCGUCAGGAGUGCGGGCGGGCUUCACUUCACGGCGGCGCUCCGAACGCAAGGUCACUCGGAUGGUGGUGGUCAUCGUGGUGGUGUUUGUGUUGUGUUGGCUGCCCUUCUUCAUCAUCAACAUCGUCAACCUGGUGGUCAUCAUCCCAGAAUCCAGCGCCACGGCAGGGAUUUACUUCUUUGCGGUCAUCCUGUCCUACGCCAACUCCUGCGCCAACCCGCUGCUCUACGGCUUCCUGUCGGACAACUUCAAGCAGAGCUUCAGAAGAGUGCUGUGCGUGAAGGAGGGGAGGCGCAAAGCCAACGAUGUGGAGGACGGUGACCCCAGUGCUCGCCGUGUUGUGAGGUCAAAGCCAACGGAAUGCGUCCCUCACUCUUCUCAUACUCGGGUGUCCCAUCGUCCUCAGAGCAGCCAGCUCUCUCCUCAGCCUUCAGACCCUCCAGCUCGUCCCACAGCCCCUGACUUGAAUUGUUUCCAGUCUUCCUCUGUUUUCCUGGGACCCCCGAGGGCAACCACAACAGUUACUGAAACCCAUCUGGAAACCCAGGCUGACGUCCCCGCCAUCAUCACCCAAACUCAAUCUCCUGCUGCUUCUUAGAUAGUCCCUCAUGCGGAGUUGCCACCAUUUCCUGUGGAGGAUGAAAGUGUUAUUUCAAAUACAAAUAAGUUACACUCAUCGUAAGGAGCACAAGUAAUGCAAAUGUGUUUGGAAUCAAACAACCUCAUGCAUAGUUCCAUUUGUUGCACAUAAAGUAUGAACCUGCAUGGAUCUUUCUCAAUGCAUUCCACUGACAUAAGUGCCUUUUAGCCACUCUGAUCCUACACAGACAAAAACAACAUGCAUACUUUACGUCUUGCACAUUUCCUAGUUUCUGUUAGGUAUUGAAGGCUAAUUAUAUUUGUGGAUCCUCUUUUCAUUAUCUUGCUUUCUGCUCAUUUGUACGAGACGUGAAGGUUUAUCAAGUCAUCAACAACACCACUAGUUGGCGUGCAAUUUUCUGCUCUUCAUAAGACUGAAGUGUCAAAUAGCCAGUGUUUAUGUGCAAUGUUUGUCUACUGUGAAGCUUAUUAAUAUAGCACACGGUUAUCGUUCAAAUAAGUAAUAUUUGACCUAAUAUAUGUUUUCUAUACAGAUAUUAUUUCAAACGGUUGUGACCCGUGCCUGUGAAAUUGAUUAGUUAACUUGAUUGUUGUAUGUUUGCACAGUUUGAAGUACAAAAUAUAUACGUUUGUAUUGUUCAGUGCUGUUUCUUUGAAAUAAAUGGCUGUAAUCAUAA